ACGUAGCUCUCAGUUCUGGCUAAGAACUUAACGCGAUCGUAACCUACUAAGUGAAACGCGCGUGUGACUAAUACUUAGCGCAGAUUAGUGAAGAGAUUGUAGUUGGCAGUGCCAUUUUGUGCGGUUCAAUAAUUGGAUCUGAAUUUCCUGAAAAUGAACCUUUUGGACGAACUUACCCGCGCCUUUGAUCAAUCACUGAUCGUCAGCUGCUGGAAGUAUAUCUUUCCUGUGUUGGUGGUACUGUAUCUGUUCAUCUUUCUCUACGAUAAGAAUCGCUAUGGUGGUAAAAAGACCAAGGAAAAUAGUAGCACUGCAACUACUAAUGCGGUCAAGGAGAAACUAGACGGAAUUGAAUAUGUGGGUGAAAUCGACUCGGGCGAAUUCGACCCAACACCUGUGCUGGAAGAGACAGAGCACAUUCCGUUCGCUGGGGCCACCGUCACCUUGAAUAAGGAUCCGCUCAAGGCAGCAACUCACUUCUACGAAAUCGUCAACAAUCGCCGCAGUGUGCGUAUGUUCAGUACACGAUCGGUAGAUGCUUCAGUUAUUGACAAAUGUAUCCAUGCUGCCGCAACAAGCCCCAGUGGCGCCCACACUGAACCGUGGACUUUCUGUCUUAUAUCGGAUGCCGACGUAAAGGCUCAGGUACGCGAAAUUAUCGAGGCGGAAGAAUUGGUCAACUACCAGCAGCGAAUGUCCAAACAGUGGACAACGGAUUUACGGCCACUGAAGACGAACCACGUCAAGGAAUACCUCACUGAGGCACCGUACUUGAUCUUGAUCUUCAAACAAACCUACGGAUUCAAAGCGGACGGUGGCAAGAAGCAGCAUUACUACAAUGAAAUUUCCACCUCGAUUGCCACUGGUAUACUGUUGUGUGCCCUGCAGGCAGCCGGGUUGAAUUCGCUCGUUACGACUCCGCUGAACUGUGGACCGGCGCUGAGAAACUUGCUCGGCCGGCCGGUGAAUGAGAAACUGCUGGUGCUGCUUCCGGUCGGCUACGCUUCCGACGAAUGUACGGUUCCGGAUUUGCAUCGUAAACCGGUGGAGGAAGUUGUGGUGAAAUACUAAACGGAUUCCCAUGUGGCAAGGCAAUU